AUUUAGCUUCCUUUUCUUACUACAGCGUCAGGUCAACUGACUUUCAAAAGACAGUGUUUCAGAGUCGAGACUCACACAUCGCAAUCUGAGUUCAUCAUGGCAUCAGAGGGGAAUCCUGUUUCUGGUGGUGUUACGUUGCUCCACACUGAAUGUGAAGGGAAACACUCAUAUGAAGUGAAGGGCUUUUUAAACUAUAACAAAGGAAUGUUUACAAGCAAGGGGGAUAAACUCCUAAUGAUAAACAACAUAAAUGUGGAAGAUUUGACUCCAGAGGCAUUUGCUGAUCUUCUGCUUGAAGGAUCUCCCUUACUUACCAUACAUCAUCCUUGCAAAACAAAAACAGAAGAGUGCGAAUCUGAGGAGCUCCGUGUCAAUAAAAAGGAGCCGAUGCUCAUGAGUUUCAGCCUGAUGAUGGUAAGAGAGUCUGAGCUGGAGGCGUAUGGGAGCCAGGAACCAUCACCUUCACAACCGGAGGGGGAAGACAUUGAGGACGACACUUUCGAUGAUGAAAAUUUGCUAAUUGUCUCCAUGGUUGAUACGAGCUUCAGUCUGGUUCUUGCUCGAGGCUGUGACCCUGACAACCCUUGCAACAACUGUGGAAAGACCAAUUGCAAAUUUAAUGAAGUUGUGGUCCUGCCUGCGAGUGCUGCGGUUACCUCUGGUUCUCCGAGGAAAUUGUGUCUGCUUAAACAAAAAGAGAAUUUGUAUAUUAAGAGUUUCUUUACGGAAAAGUAUGUCACCCCAUAUAAUCAUCAGAUAUGUUUGGAUAACACCAUGUCAGCACCAAUCACCAUCUACUCUUACACGAUCACAAUGGACAUUCCAGGUACUCCUGUUGUGCUGAACUUCACAAACACAGAAAACUUCUUCAGAUGCACCACAAAGCAAGGUGUAGAUACAAAGAUUUUAACAGUUACGCAAUAUAAAAAAAAAGACCUGCAAACGAUCUGUGCAGAUGAGCCAGAGAAAUGGUCCCUUGUAUUUUACAUGUCUUGUGGGGCAGACAAUCUCCGGCGGUUUGAGUCAGCUCUCCACAGAGGAUGGUUUAUCUACACAAAAAAUGUAGACCAAGUGGACAUGCAAAGAGAUGAACAGUUUUACUGUAAACCCAACAACUUUUUUAUCAUAAUUCACAGUUAGAAAGGCUCAUGUUAGAAUUCUUGAUAGAAACCUA